AUGUCUUUUCUUUUAUCAAAUAUCUUCUCAGGUUAUUUAUACUUAAGAGGAGAAAAUCGAUGUUCAUCCAGGUUCACAUGGGAAUUUGGUUGGCGCGACAGUGAUGCCACAAACUACUUAACAAUUGAAUAUUACGUGACUGGCCCAGGGCCAUUUUCAUUGUCCGUUUCCAAUGAAAAGCGCAGCAAAAUAGAUUGGACGUGUUCAAUUCAACCAGGAAAAAAAAGAAGGUUGGCCCAUGUUUCUGUCGGGGGAGAUGUGCUCUCUCUCUCUCUCUCUCUCUCUCUCUCUCUCUCUCUCUCUCUCUCCUCCUUUUCUCUUAGAACCUACGACAACGACACCACGACCAACAACAACAAUAACACCUACUACGACAAGACCCACGACAAAAACUACAACGCCCACUGCGUCAACACCGACAACAAGACCCACGACAAAAGCAACAACGCCCACUACAAAACCCACGACAAAAACAACAACGCCUACUACGACAAGAAUCACGACAAAAACAACAACGCCCACUACGACAAGACACACAACAAGACCCACGACAAAAACAACAACGCCUACUACAAGAAUCACGACGAAAACAACAACGCCCACUACGAUAAGACCCACAACAAGACCCACGACAAAAACAACAACGCCCACUACGACUAG